GCCACGCGCCACCGCCAGCGCCGCUCACCCACAUCGCGUGCUCCGCCCACCUCAGUGCUUCACGGCCGCAGCACGCCGCCUCGUCUCGUCUCGUCGCGGCCAUGGUAUCCCCCCGCUUCACCACCGCCACCUUCCCGCGCCUGCUCCCUCCCCCGCCACCCAACCGGCCGGCCUUCGCCGCCGCACUCGCCGCGGCGGCCGUAGCGGCGGCGGCUGCAGCAGCCGCCAGCCGCACCUUCACCGCCAAAUCUGCCGGGCGGCCGCCGCUCCCGCACCCCGCUCCAUCGGCCCCUCUCUGGGCCUCCCUCUCCCUGGCCGACGGCGCCGCCCCCGGCUCCGUGGAGCCCCGAACCGGCGCCGCAUUCCCCACCGAGACUGCUGGCGGGCGCCGCCUUCUCGGCGUCGGCCUCCGCAGGACCACCAUCCUCGGCCUCAAGUCCAUCGACGUCUACGCGUUUGGUGUUUAUGCGGAUGACCACGAUUUGAAACAGCUGAGGGAGAAGUACCAGAACCUCCCUGUCGCUGAACUGAAGGAGAAUGCAGAGCUGAUCAACGAUGCGUUAGAGAGUGACAUACGGAUGACGGUUAGGCUUCAGAUAGUGUAUGGGAGGUUGAGCAUUCGCUCCGUGCGAAGCGCGUUCGAGAAGAGCGUAGGAAGCAGGCUAAAGAAGUUUGGGGGAUCAGACACUAAUGAGUUGCUUCAGAGUUUUGUUUCACUUUUCAAGGAUGAAUACAAAUUACCAAAGGGGUCCGUGAUUGAGCUCUCAAGAGAAUCAGGCCAUGUGCUUAAAAUAACUAUUGAAGGAGAAGAAUUGGGGAGCAUACAGAGCAAGCUUCUGUGCAAGUCUAUUUUAGAUCUUUACAUUGGAGAAGAUCCAUUUGACAAAAAUGCGAAAGACAGCAUCCAAGAAAAUAUGGCUUCUAUUCUUAAAAACUAGAAAGAAGGAUGCUUGGGGUUAGAUGACAGAAAAUUUGUUUCAACGGGCUAGCCCUUCUGUUUCUGUGUAUUCAGAGUUAUGACAGCACUAGCUCUUACGUCUGUUCAAGUAUAUACUUAGCAGCCUUUCGCACAUGCAUACUGAUUUUACUCCUUUUGCCUUAAGUUCUCUCAAAAUGGAAUGAACGGAGUAACCAUGAAUUUUCAUCUCGCGUGGCACUUCAACAACUGGAAAUUGACCCAAGUAAACAUCUUCAGAGAAAAAUGAGAACUGCUGUGUUAUGCAA